AUGGCCGACUCAUGGCUGAGAGUGUCUCGGGAGUACCGCGCUGCGGGCAUCCUGCCGUACAGCUUCGACAGCGACGGGCGGCUGCUCUUUCUGUUCCAAGCAGAGGCGAGCAAGAAGAAACCGCACGGGCGGAACGGGGUGCGGCGGAACACGCGACGAGGGAUUGGGGCAGAAGGGGAGGACACGACGACCGCUGCUAACGGCGCGGAUGGCGCGGACGACGCGGACGACGCGGAUGGCGCGGGCGACGCGGAUGGCGCUGAUGACGGCGAUGGGGGCGAUGGCGCGGUUGGCGGCGGCGAUGGCGGUGCGGAGGAAGACCGCGCGAGAACAGGCGAUGAGGAAGCUGAUCGCUUGAUGUGCGCGGAUGCCCGUUGCGCGCAGGAGAGCUCGUGCGCGGGCGCCCGUUGCGCGGAGUGGAGCUCGUGCACGGGAGGCGGGGGAAGAGCGCAAGGAUGUUCGAGUGCUCCGCGCGCGGGAGAAGCGGGGGAGACGAGCGGAAGCGGUGGCGAGGGGAAAAAUGAGGGGAGCGGAAGGGGAGUUGCGGAAGUGGAGGGUGGGAGAAGGAAUGAGUGCGGAGAUGAGGGGCGAAUCGGAGCAGAGAGGAGUGGGAGAGGAGGGGAAGGAGGAGUGAAGGGUGGGAGAGGUGGGGAAGGAGGAGAGAAGGAUGGGAGAGAGGAGAGUGAUGGGCGAGAGAGUGAACGAGAGAAUGGGAAGCAAAAAGGUGAGCAACAAGAGAAUGGGAAGCUGAGGAAGGAGGAGCAAGGGGAGUGGCAGCAAGAGAAAGAGCAAAGGCAGGGGCAGCAAGAGAAGGAGGAGCAAGGAGAGGGGAAGCAGGGGAAGGAGGAGCAAGGAGAGGGGAAGCACGAGAAGGAGCAACAAGCGAGGGAGGAAAAGAGGAGAAAGAAGAAGGAAAACAAGAUACAACAAAGGGAGAAGCAGAAACAGCAGAAGCGGGAGCAGCAGCAACAGAAGGAGCAGCGGCAGCAAGAGCGCACGGGGCCGGUCUAUCUGAUGGACUUUGGCGGCAAGAUAGAGGUGCAAGACAACCAUGCACCCGCUCUCACCGCUGCUCGGGAGUACGUGGAGGAACUUGAGGCUGGCUGUGAGAAGCUGGAGGGCGCCACGUGGCAGAAACGCGUUGCUGACGUGGCAGCAGCUCUGGACCAAUCAGAGGCGUUCUAUUGCCGGGCUAGCAAGUAUGUCCUCUUUCUGUGCAACGAGAGGAGCCUCAGGGAUAGCAGCAGGGAUGUGACAGUAGGCAGUGUGACUGAAGGUGAAGCUACUCCAGAUGGCGUGACAGAAACUAGUGCAGCUUGUCACUCCGACACAGCUGAAGCACCAGUAACAGCUUUAACUGCCGCUCAGCUAAGCAGCAGGUGGGUGGAGGCAUCAGCUGUGGUGGAUCAUCUCUUAUUUUCUUGGGAGGAUAUCCUUCGCGCUGGUUGUGUCUUGAGCCCGUCUCUUGACUUUUCUCACAUGGAGGUCCUUAGCGGCACGUUCGGUGAUCCAAUGAGCGGCAUUCGCAACGCGGCUGAGGCCCGAGCGGAGAUCGCGCGAAGAGUCGUUUCUAAUUUGCGAUCCGGCGCACACCCCAAUCUUUUCGCAGAACCCAACGAAUUUUCCGACCUAGUAGAAUUUGCCGACGAGGCAAACUGGACCGACUCGAAUCGCUUCGACGAGGAACUUCCACUGGAAGCGGUCGGCCAUGCGGAAUGUCCUGCGAGCGCUGCGCCGCUGCGGCGAGGGAAGUCGCUGGGAUCUGCGAAGCAGAGCUGCCACGCGGACAACGGCGAUACGCUGUCGCCCAUGUCCCCGCGCAUUGAUUCCGAAACCAACGUAUGGGAAGAUUUCUGGCGUGUCGGGGGUGUUGCCGGUGCGGGGGAAGACCUUACGCGGGUGGCGCGCGCGGGUGGCGCGCGGGAAGAGCUAGCGCGGGUGGCGCGCAAGGUCGUGGCGUCCGUUCCCGCUGCCGCUUCUCCGCGCUCUCGCCGUAAUUCUCCGCCGAGCGCGUCGGAGAAUGCGGCGGAGCGAGAGGAGGGCGAAUCAGACCUGUACGGCGUGGAUGCAUCGGCCGCUACUGAUAAUGCUUACGGUAGACGUGGCGACAGCGAGGAAUGCUUUAUCGGGGAUGAAGAUUCUCCCCAUUACGUGGGAGCGGGGGAUUGGAAAGCAGACGGGCCGGGACUAUCGGCGGAGGAAGAGGAGAAUGUUAGAGGCGGCGGUUACGGCGUCGGGGAGGAGGGGAGUGAGAGUGGCGGAAUGGCGGAAGGCGAGGGGGACCUGUACGGUUACGAGGAGGAGGGCGCGGAGGACGCGAACGAGGAUGACGAAGCGGAUAAUAACGAGGAUAUGUAUGGCGGUGACGGUAGCGACGGGGAGGGGGAAUUGAGCGCGACGGAGCGGGAAGAGGGGGACCUGGGUGGGCGCGAGGGGAGUGCGGCGGGGGAGGGAGUAAGCGGGGAGGAGGAGUGCGAGGGGGAGGAUUUGUACGGCGAGUGCGGGGAUAGUGACGCGGAGGAGGGGGAGGAACAGGCGUGGGGGGACGACUGGAGCGGUGGCGCGGGCGACAUGCGGGAAUUAGAUGAGGGGGAUGCGGAAGAGCGCGGAGAGGGAGGGGAGGGAGGGGAAGGGGUGGGCGGAGAUGGGGACGUGUAUGGGGGGUGGGGAGAGGAAAUGCACCUGCAGCAGGGCGCGUGGGAGGUGGAGGAGGGAAGGCUGUGGGAGGAGGUGGGUGAGGGGAGCGAGGAGGAGAGAGGUCAGGGUGAGAGGGAGAAGGAGCAGGAAGGAGGGCGGGAAGCAGGGAGUGCAGGGGAUGGGAGUGCGUUCGUGACUUCGCCUCCACGCACCUUAGAGCCGCCGUGUGCGGAGGAUGCCCCCUGCUUGAGCACGCUCUAUCAGCAGCUGUGCCACGUGGAAGAGCGCGCUGCCGAGGAGUACCCUGGCUCUGAGGAUCUGUACGAAGCCACGUCAGCACACGCCAGUGACACGUCAGCAUUGGACGAGGCAGCAGCGGGCAGAGAAGGCACGGCGGCAGCAGAGGGCAGCCACAGAGUGGCGCGGCAUGGCGGCCUGGCCAAACCUAGCUUGUCCCAUCCUAGCCCGUCUCAUCCUACCCUCCCUCAUGCUGCCGCCCUGCCGCAUGCCACCCUGCCACAUGCCGCCCUGCAGGGCUUCCGGCAGCGGGUGCGCCUCUCAUUGGACGUGGAGGUCGAUGCUGACUCAUCCUACCUCGCCGAUGACGUCAGCGGUGACGACUUCGGCUUCACUAGCGAGGAUGCUAUUAGCGAGGCGCAGGGCAGCGAGGGGGGCGUGCCGGGCGGAGCAGCAGCAGUGGCUCGGUAUCUGGCGGAAUGCGCUGCUGAGGGCGCUGACGGGGGCGACAGUGGGGGGAGAGGCAUGCAGGAGGGGCACGAUGCAUGUGGCAGUCCCGAAUCGCACCCGGCAUUUGAUGGCGAUGGCGCUGGUUUUGGUUGUGGCUUUGAUAAUGCUGGUGCUGGUGCUGGUGGCGGUGCAUGUGACAUCUAUGUGCAUGUGCAGCGCGCACAGGGGAGCGAGUGCGAGUCCGGAGGGGAGCUAUCCGCGCACACGCUCAGCAGCAGCAGGGGUAGCAGCGCUGGGGAGGCGUCGCAUGCUGCAGGCAUGGGCAUGGCGAUGCAUGGAGGUGGGGUAAGCGGUGUGACGAGCAGCAUGAGACAUGUGGGGCUGAGCCCGCUGGGAGGAGCAGGCAGGCAGCAGGGCGAGGCGGUGGGAGUGGGUUUCAACGACCCGGCACAGGGCGUGGGAGUGGGGCAGUAUGACGGUGCUGCAUUGCUCUCCCAUGCCAGUCUCAGCCCUCACGGCCACAGCCCUCACAAGCGCAUUAGCCCUCACAGCAACAUCAGUCCACAGAGCAACGCCACGGGGGCAGUGCAGGGCGGUGCAUCCCACGGCAAGCAAGUGCAUGGCCUCUCUCCCACGGGUGCCUUUGCUCGCUCUGCCACCAUGGGGGCAGCAACGCAAGCGAUGCCUGCAGCAGGCAGAGGUGGGAGUCAGGCUGUGCGGGGUUUGCAGGUGGAGUUGCCUGGUAACUCGCCCACGGGUGCCUUUGCUCGUUCAGUGAGCACAGGGGCAGCAACGCAGGCAGUGCCUGCAGCAGCCAGGGGUGGGGGCCACGCCAUGCGGGGACUGCAAGUGGAGUUGCCUGGGAAUGGGGGUAGAGGUGGCGGUAGGAACACGAGCAGCACCAAAACCGCAGGUGGCACUGGCAAGAAGGUGAGCGCUCAUCUGACAGGCGCUAGUGGUGCUGCUGCUGCUGGUGGUGCUGGUGGUGGUGGUGCUGCUGCUGGUGGCAGUAACAGGGUGACUGCGGGUGGUGGUGCAGAGAUAGGGAACAAGGCUGCACUGAGCAAGUCCCCCUCUCGUGCUCGCCUGGCGUCGUCCCUCUCCCCACCCUCUCGGCGUAUGAAUGACCUUCUCUCUGCCUCCACCCUACCAAGAGUCCCAGUAAAGACACCCAAGGGUGAGAAGGGGGGUGGCAGUGGGACUGCUGAGGGUGGGGGUGGCAGAGGGAAGGUUGGGGGAGGGGAAGGUGGUGGUGGGGUGGGCUACACCACGGGGAGCUCAAAGGGUGUAUGUCGGCAAGUAAAGGGGAUGUAA